AGGUCUCUCCGAGCGGCGCCGUUGCCGCUGUGUCGCCUCCCGGGCUGCUGCUCCCGGCUCAUCCCGGGACGGCGCUCAGCCCUGUGGGCAGAGACGGAGCCGUCGGUGCCGCUUCCAGGAGAACGGCCGCCUCUUCCCAGCAGAGCAGGUGAGGCGGAGCGGGGCGGGGUGCGUCACCCUUUCCUCCCUCACCCCGUGGCAGCGUGGGCACGGCGUUUCCAUUUGCCAUCCAUUCGGGCGCUGCUGGGGAGGAAGAGCGGAGGAUCGUCUGGGCACUGCCUUACCCGAGGGCUGUGCGCCAUUCCUGCUGUAGAGGACAUCAGCAGACGUGGUGCUCCGGCAGGCUGUUGUGCUGGCAGCUGCAGUCUGCGCUGAGGCUCGCCGUGUUUGUCUGCGCACUGCAGCCUCCCUGUUUCUCCAAGGGGUUGGGAUCAGCGUUUGAAGCGAAGGACCUGGCCCCGACAUCAUCCAUCUCAGCUCUGGGCCUAGAAACAUUUUCAGGGCAAUCCAUAGUUGCAGAGUGAGCGUCUGACGUGCGUUUCUCACCUGGGAGCCAACACUGGCUUUGGCAGUUUGAUACGCAACAGUUGGUUCCAUUUCCAUUGGUAAUCCUAACACUGCUGCCUGAACUGCACGCUCAGCUUCCCAGAACCGAGUUGGAUUGACACUGACAUUUGUGCUUUGGUAUUGAUGGAAGAGACUUUGCCAGAUCUCCUUAAAGACCGGUUGAAAUUAAUAUGAGCGUAUGGGCCGUCGUAACUUACUCAUAGGUCUCCUUCUUCCUGGGACAGGUGGGGCCGAUGACUUCUGGGCUCUCUUUGUUCAGAGUUCAGGCCUUACCAUUCCCCUGGAGGUAGAUGGGGGAAUUGGGAAGCUGUUCUCCUUUGCAUGCUUAACCUAACAGUACCGCAGCUGAAAUAUUUCCUAUUGCUGUUACCUCAUUUCUGGAAUGCUACGAUGAGACUGACGUGUAAUACCAGGAGGCUGAUUCUGAGCAGUGACUCUGUGGAUGCCUGCUCCAGUUCAACUUGGUCCUUCCAGGCGUGAUCAUCCCAGGCUGCAGGAGAGCAGCAAAUGGCCACAGCACAUUGGUGUCAGGAGCCCGUGAGCUUUGCGGAGGUGGCCGUGUAUUUCAGCAGGGAGGAGUGGGCGCUGCUGGACCCUGCGCAGCGAGCGCUCUACCGGGAUGUGAUGCUGGAGACGUACCAGUGCGUGGCCUGGCUGGCUCCACUUCCAGUCCCCAAACCCACGCUGAUCUCCCUGCUGGAAGGAGGGGAAGACCCCUGGAUCCCAGGUGUGUGUAGCCCUGAGGCCGUGCCAGGAGACCUGCACCCAGGAGGUGAUGGGAUCACAGAUAUAAAGGAGGAUCUGCAGGAAAGUGGUGUGGCUGAAAAGCAGUGGGGUAGCGCCUGUGUGGAAGAAAUUGGAAGAGAUGUCCAUGUGGGCUUUGAGCAGGCAGAGCGCUUCGAGAAGCCACUGGGAGGGCAUGUGGGAAAGAGAGCAAGGAACCCUGUGGACUUCAGCGUGGGUCAAAAGCAGCCUGAAGACCACGGGAGCAAGAAUGCGUGCCAGAAGAAAAAGCAGAAUCCAUGCACUGAGUGUGGGAAAAGCUUUAAAAGGUAUUCCAACCUUGUUAAUCACCAGCGCAUACACUCUGGGAAGUGCCGGUUGAAGUGCUCUGAUUGUGGAAAGAGCUACAAAUGGAAAUCUGAACUCAUCAAGCACCAGCGCAUCCACACAGGAGAGAGACCCUAUAAGUGUCCUGAGUGUGAGAAAAGCUUCAUGAGCAGAACUGGAUUGAAGUACCACCAGCGCAUCCACACAGAAGAGAGAUCCUUUAAUUGCUCUGAGUGUGGAAAGAGCUUCCAGAGCAGUUCCAACCUCUUUCGCCACCAGCGAAUGCAUACAGAAGAGAGACCCUAUAAUUGUACUGAGUGUGAGAAGAGCUUCAAAAUACGUUCCCACCUCAUCCGCCACCAACGUAUCCACACGGGAGAGAGACCCUACAAGUGCUCUGAGUGUGGGAAAAGCUUCAAAAGCAGUUCUGACCUCAUUGUCCACCAGCGCAUCCACACAGGAGAGAGACCCUACAAGUGUGCUGAGUGUGGGAAAAGCUACAAAAGCAAUGGUGAUCUGAAGUAUCAUGAGCGCAGCCACACAGGAGAGAGACCUUAUAAGUGUCCUCAGUGCGGCAAGUGCUUCAAAAACAGUUCCCACCUCAACCGCCACCAGCAUACCCACACGGGAGAGUGUAAUGCUUUUAUGAUUUUUCUGAUUGGUAUUCCACAAUAUAACAUCGUUCAGUGUACUGGAAGCUAAGUGCUAACCCUGCAGUUGUGUGGAUUGUCCAUAGAUCCGGGUACCUGGUCUCUGAAGGCAAGAAUGAACUACAAGUCCCAGAAGCCUUCCUUAUUCCAUGUUCAUUUUCUGCUUGGUGGGAAAGAUAAAACUGACUGUGAGUCACAAGACUGCUUCUUUGCUUCCUGUGCUGCUGUCCGCUUCGCCUACAGCAUUAGAGUAGGGACUUUGGUUUUGGAAAAUCUCUCUCUCAUUUUAUUUAUUAGCUUCAAUUCCAGUUAGACUGUAUUACCUCGCAUCCCGCUAUCUUAUAUAUUAAAUUGGUUUCUUUCCCUUA